UAUCCUUUGAAAGAUAUUUGAGUGUGCUUCUGUCUUCAGUCAAAAAAUGCAAAAUUCAUAAAAUGAAGCAAAUCACUCAUCAAAUAAUCGGUUUUUCUUUGGCAUUACUUAUAAAUUACACGUUACAGUUUCUCUUUUUCGCGGCAUUGUGCAGUGAUUCAAAUUAUUGCUAUUUAUUUCCUUAAAGAAACAAAAUGGAACCACACGACUACAUCGACAAGACUGUUGAAAUCCUCAAGAACCGUUUUUAUUUCGCCGUCUCAAAAUUCUCUGUUUACAAGCGUUUGAAAAAUUCCAAAAACUAUCAAUUCGUGUGCUUCGACGAAGAGCUCAGAUACCGGAACUUUUUCCACGAUUUUGGGCCACUGAACCUCGCCUGUCUGUACAAAUAUUCAUGCAAAAUUACCAAGUUGUUGCAGAAUUUCAGAGGGAGGAAGAAAAUUGUCCAUUACACGAGCCAUGAUCCCAAUAAAAAAGCCAACGCGGCCUUUCUUGUCGGCUGUUUCGCCGUCGUUUGCAUGAAAAUGGAACCGUUUGAAGUGUACAAAAUUCUACUCAUCACAGAACCAUACAAACAAUUUGUUGACGCCCUUCAGCGCACUUCAGUUCAUACAAUUCGACUUUUUGACUGUUUUUCAGGAGUUGCAAAAGCGUUACAAUACAAUUUGUUCGAUUUCACCGAUUUUAAUGUUCAAGAAUACGAUGUGUGUGAUCAAGUGGAGAAAGGAAAUAUGAACUGGAUCAUCCCUCGGAAAUUUCUCGCUUUUUUGGGGCCCACUGAACCAAGGGUCGGAGUUGGCCACACUCCCGGGUUUUAUUUGGAGUAUUUCCUUCAACACGAUGUCAAGACUGUGAUUCGGCUCAAUGACAAACUUUACGACUCAUCGGUUUUUACUCGGAUGGGGAUAGAGCAUCACGAUUUAUUUUUUGACGACGGUUCAGUUCCAUCAAUGGACAUUUUGCUCAGCUUUUUGCGAAUUACUGAAACCGCUCCAGCAGCAAUCGCAGUUCAUUGCAAAGCUGGGCUUGGGAGAACCGGGACUUUGAUAGGGGCUUACCUCAUGAAACAUUAUUCAAUGACUGCGAAGGAGGCAGUGGCUUGGUUGAGGGUUUGUCGGCCUGGGUCUGUGACGGGGGCCCAACAGGCCUACUUGGAAGACAACGAGGGCUGGCUUUGGAGGGCAGGGAGUGAAUACAGGAUCAGACAUUAUGGGGAUGAGACUAGAAUGCCUCAGCAUAAAUACGGAGUUUACAGCAAGCAAUGGCCCGUUGAUCGAAGUCGGAUUAUAAAUGAGGCUAGGAGAAAAUUGAGGUGGAACGAUCUUAAUUCCCAUUAUCGUGCUUUAAGACAACUGGACGAAAAACAGUAUUUGAGACAUGUAUCCAAAUUAUUGGCUUCAGUAAAGGGCUACGAGGCGGAGAAGUUGAGAGAUAAGGUUGGGAAAGUCCUUACAGGAAUGCCGAAAUAUUAAUUAUUGUAACUAUGACUUUGGAAAUAAAUAUUUUUCGGUUUUUGUAUAAAUAAAUUUCUUUAUGACUGGUU